GCAUAUCCAGCACAUGAACUUUGUUUCCUCCAGAAACAAAGUCUGACUUUCCUCCAGAAACGGUCUGACUCUGUGGCAUGUUUUAUGUACAAGUUGAUUUAUAAAGUACACCUGUAGGUGAAAGGCCCUCAGUACCCAUGACAAAAUCUAAACCGAGUCGGACGAGAACAGAACCAAAAUCAGUAGUUAGUUCAGGAUGGGGAAAUUUGAUUCGGUUGUCGUCCAACUCAGUUUGCGGCCAGAAUUGUGGAAAAAAUUAAACUCGUGAACCGAGGCACCACUGUAUUUGGAAAGCUGCUGCUGAAAGUGUUUUUUAUUUGAGGGUAAAGGACAUUUCCCCUUCUUGCCUUUGUCAUUCACCUGCCCGCAUUUUUUAAUUGUUUUUUGUUUUUGUUUUUUAAGAGAAGUUUUUCUUGUUUGGGAGGCCUGGCAGAGGCCUGGGGUCCAAGCUAUCCAGCUGUGAGAGUCACUGGUGAAGACAAAUUCAGCAGGGUGGAGCUGACCUGGAAGCCCACUGUUGGCCACUUUUUCUAAGGAACUCACCUUCCACAACCCAGCUCCACAGAACUGGCAGGGACUCUUCUAGGAGCAGAGGAAAUGACGUUCUUCAGGCAACUGUCCCUGGCCUCAAAGGCUACCUUGGCUGCAGUCACUGUCUUCGUGUCUAUGAUCAUCUCCCGUUCCUAUCUGGCAGAGACCCUUGAGCUGAGGGCCUGGCGAUGGCUGUUUCGCCUGCAGCUCGCCCUGUUUGUUAACUCACUUAUGCUCAUUGGCUCCCUCUACAUCUGGCAUAGCACAGUAAGCAACCUCAGUCACUCCCAGGCCGGGCAGUCUACCUGUUUCCGGCUUUGGAAACUGGCUGUUAGCAUAUUUCUGGCACUGGCCCAUUCCAGUUUCUUCACCAUGCUGUUUUUGGUGGCCGAGGAGCCCUAUCUCUUUUCCAUGGCAGCCUACUCCUGUCUGGGUGCUUAUGUCAUCAUGCUAUUCUUCCUCUGCAUCCUCAGUGGGAUGGAGCAGGCCUACCAACUCUUGGCCUGGCACCGUGGUAGGGUGGUUGGCAGCCUCAACAAGUCACAGAAGCUGGUUCUCAGGCCCGCUCUGGCUGUGGUGGUGACUGUGGUGCUCAGUGUGAUGGGCUUCCUGAAUGCUGCUCAGUCCCCAGCUGUGAAAACUGUGAUGGUGCCCAUCCAUCAGCUGCCUCCUUCUAUGAACAGCCUCAAGAUUGUGCUUCUCUCAGACAUCCACUUGGGGCCUACAGUGGGCAAGACAAAGAUGCAGCUGUUUGUGAGGAUGGUGAAUGCUCUGGAACCAGACAUCACAGUGAUUGUGGGUGACCUCUCUGAUUCAGAAGCCUCUGUCCUGCGGACAGCUGUCGCUCCUUUGGGCCAGCUUCAUUCACGCCUUGGCACCUACUUUGUCACAGGCAAUCAUGAGUACUACACAUCAGAUGUCAGCAACUGGUUUGCCCUGCUGGAAUCCCUGCAUGUCCGGCCUCUUCACAAUGAGAAAAAUGCCACCCAGCGGACGUUUGAGAUUGACUACAGCAGGGACUGCUUCCUCAAGGACGGCCAACCAUUCCGCUACAUCUCAGGAAGUAUUCACUACUCCCGGGUGCCCCGUUUCUACUGGGCAGACAGGCUGCUGAAGAUGAAGAUGGCUGGGCUGAAUGCCAUCCAGACGUACGUGCCCUGGAACUUUCAUGAGCCCCAACCAGGACAUUAUGAAUUUUCUGGGGACCAUGAUGUGGAAUAUUUUCUUCAACUUGCUCAUAAGCUGGGACUGCUGGUCAUCCUGAGGCCCGGGCCCUACAUCUGUGCUGAGUGGGACAUGGGGGGAUUACCUGCUUGGUUAUUAGAGAAACAGUCUAUAGUUCUCCGCUCUUCUGACCCAGAUUACCUUGCCUCUGUGGAUAAGUGGCUAGGAGUCCUUCUGCCCAAGAUGAAGCCUCUCCUCUAUCAAAAUGGAGGGCCAAUUAUUACUGUUCAGGUUGAAAAUGAAUAUGGCUCCUACUUUGCCUGUGACUAUAACUACCUGCGUUUCCUACAGAAGCACUUCCAUUACCAUCUGGGUGAUGAUGUACUUCUGUUCACCACUGAUGGGCCGAGACAAGAAUAUCUGCGGUGCGGGACCCUGCAAGGCCUCUAUGCCACAGUGGACUUUGGAGUAGGCAGCAACAUCACAGACGCUUUCCUGGUCCAGAGGAAAGCUGAGCCCAAAGGACCCUUGAUCAAUUCUGAAUUCUACACUGGCUGGUUAGACCACUGGGGUGAACGUCAUUGGACAGUCAAGACCGAGGCUGUGGUUUCGUCCCUCUCUGAUAUGCUCGCCCAGGGGGCAAAUGUGAACAUGUACAUGUUUAUUGGUGGGACCAACUUUGCCUAUUGGAACGGAGCCAACACACCCUAUGCAGCACAGCCUACCAGCUAUGACUAUGAUGCCCCACUGAGCGAGGCAGGGGACCUCACUGAGAAGUAUUUUGCUGUACGAAGUGUUAUCCAGAAGUUUGAAAAAGUGCCAGAGGGUAUUAUCCCUCCUUCUACACCGAAGUUUGCAUAUGGAAAAGUUGCUCUGAGAAAGUUAAAGACGGUGGAGGGAGCUCUGGACAUCCUGUGUACCAGAGGGUCCAUGAAAAGUGUUUACCCCUUGACAUUUAUCCAGGUGAAACAGUAUUUUGGGUUUGUGCUGUACCGAACAACAAUUCCUGAAGAUUGUGGCAACUCAACACGCCUCUCUUCUCUACCCUUGAAUGGAGUCCACGAUCGGGCCUAUGUGGCUGUAGACGGGGCUCCCCAGGGAGUCCUCGAGCGAAGCCGUGUGUUGUCUCUGAACAUACAAGGGAAACCUGGAGCCAACCUGGACCUUCUGGUGGAGAACAUGGGGCGUGUGAACUAUGGCAGAUAUAUCAAUGAUUCCAAGGGCUUGGUUUCUAACAUGACCCUUGGCUUUCAUAUCCUCACCAACUGGACAGUCUUCCCACUGGACACAGAAGUGGCCGUGCGCAGCCACCUGGGGAGCUGGGCUAACCAUGAUGCUGACCUCCAUGACAAGCGCUGUGUUCAUGGCUCAUCGAACUACACACUUCCGGCCUUCUAUGUGGGCAACUUCUCCAUUCCCAGCGAGAUCCCAGACCUGCCCCAGGACACAUUCAUUCAGUUUCCUGGCUGGACCAAGGGUCAGGUAUGGAUUAACGGCUUUAACCUUGGCCGUUACUGGCCAGCCAGGGGUCCCCAGAUGACCUUGUUUGUGCCGAGGCACAUACUGACGACCUCAGCCCCAAACAACAUCACAGUGUUGGAGCUGGAGCGAGCACCCUGCAGCAGCUGCAGCCCAGAGCUGUGUGCUGUGGAGCUGGUGGACCAGCCAGUCAUCGGUGCACCUGUGGUCCACAGUCAUCACCAGCCCUGGUUCAUCAAAACUCGUGGCUGAACAAAGUAUGGUGACUGACUGACCCUUCAGAGUUCCAGCUCUGCGUGACCCCACAAGCCCUUCCUGUCAGGCAAGCAUUCGCUGGAAAGCUACACCAUAGAGUGAGCUAGGGUGUAUGUUUCUACCCAAGAGGGCCUGCAGCCAUGCCAUGUCCACCUCCAGGGGCCACCCUAAGUGGGUGGGGGAGGGAACACAAUUGUCAUGCACAGAUGAAUCUGCACAAUUGGAAUAGGAGCAUUAAAGGUGUUCCUGAUCUUGAUUUUGGAAGAAUCAUGUCUUUUUGUAAAAUGAAAUUUGUACUCAAAUGAUGCUAUUCCUGUUUUUAAUGUUGAGCAAGUAUUAAAUGAUCUGGUCUGACUUAAAUCAUAA